GAAUGUGGAAUAUGCCGGUGCUCUUGCUCGGGUUGCUUGGAAGGACUAGUAGCCAAGGAAACGAUAAUUGCGACAAUGAGUGCAAGCUAUUGCAAUACGAAAAGGCUCUGCCAAAUGCUUUGGCCGUGUACGAGUACCAAAAUACCAUCGUACCUCCCACAUUUCCCACCGGUCCAGUUGACAGCAACUUUAUUGCACCUAAAUCGAGAUUUAGCAACGCGAAAAAUGCUGCGUGCAGAGUGGCAAAAUUGAUAAAACCGAACAAAUCGGUGCCUAGUUGUGAGGAAUUGUACGAAAUUGGUAUAUCGAAACGUGGGCCCGAUGAUACCGAUGACAUGGAUGAAAAUCCCAUUCGAGAACUAAACCUACCCGUUCUCAGAAAGGGAGAUAUGUUAACCAUGUGCAGUGCCAUGCGUGAUAUCCUAAGGAAAAUCAACAUGUCUGAAGAGGAGAAAAAUCAGGAAUACGAACAAAUGGAGAGCCUGCUCGGCGAUGUCAUCGCCGUGACCUUAGUUUCUAAACAGAAAAAGCGGAAAACCGAACCCGAAAUUCUGGCCAAUGCCCUCAAUUCCAUGUGCGGCAAUUUGUGUGUAGGAAGUUUGUAAAUAUCGGAAAAUCCGAUAUAAAAUAAUAGGCACUCAUAAAAUGUUUAAGAUA